UUAUUGAAAUCAAUUCUAAUUUGAAGCAUAGCAUAAAAAGAUGCAUAUAUUAUACAUCAAAUAAAAUUAUAAAAAUAAGGAAUACUCUCCUAGUCAUUUUUGGCAAUCAAAUCCAUUCACCACCAAAUUAGAAUUAAACAAUAACGGUUUAUAUAGUUGUUGUUUCCGUUUGGAGGCAUGCAUGUUUAUAGUUUGUGUUUUAAUGUAUUGACAAUUCUCAUAUUGAAAGUUGCUGUCAGUGACUUCCAGUCGUCUCAUCUUCCAGUAGUUGGCAGUAGCUGUUCCUCCUAAAGCUCUAUAUCAAUGAUUUAUAAACCUAUCCUAAGUGAUGAAAGGCUGCCUAUACUUGUCUUGAUAGUGUCUGGUUUACUAACAGUCUCUGACUGUCAAGAAGAUAUUCUACAAGAUAUUGUCACUAAUGUCAGUAUGAGAGCAUCAUUGUUUUCUGGGAAAAUGACAGAUUGUAGUGAGUUUAUCAGUCUCAGUAACUACAAUAGUACAUGUGAAUCAGAAGUUCCAUAUGACAAUGUUGUUAAUGUAUCAGUUAUGGUGCAUUUUGACUGGAAUGCUAAAUCAUCAUUACAUAAACGUUGUUACUGUUCAUCAGCAUUACUGAGCCUUCUCAUACCUACAUCAGUACUCACUUCUGAUGUAUGUGAUAAUAAUGAGAAUGCCACCAUUUAUUGCUCUAAGCCUUGUAUCAAUGAAUCAAAAAAUGAAUUGGCUUGUCAUGAAAAUUGUGAAGAUCUGGCAUGUUUUAUGUAUGGAAAGAUGCCAUAUAUCAUAUUAAAUCAAAGGCAGCUCUAUAUCCUUGUAACUGGCAUCAACUGUAAAACUAUAGAGGGACAUGCAACUGAACUAUGUGCUGUACUAUUUUCAACACCUGGGCCCACUCCUACUGCUACUAAUACUGAAAGUGAUCUUAGUACUAGUGCUACAUUUUCUAUCAUAUUUGUUGGAAUAUUUCUUACUUGUGUCUGCACAAUCGCUGCUGUAUGCUUUUACUGUACUUUAAGAAUGAAAAGAAAACAGAAACUAAAAUUUCAAGAACUACAAAUGAAAAAAAAUAUAUAUGACAGUGCCACUAAGGGAGAAUCCAUUGAUGGAAAACCUGCCAUUGAUUUUCUAAUUAGUUCGGCAAACCAGUUUGCAAAUUGCAUCAUUCCUUACUCUGCCAUCAAAAUCACAUGUGAAUUGGGAGAAGGUGCAUUUGGUAUAGUUUAUAAAGGUAAAGUCUCCCAAGGAAGCCUUUCUGAAAUAGAAGAUGUUGCCAUAAAAACACUGAAAGAGAAUUCUUCAGUUGAGCAGAUCAAAGAGUUCAUAUCAGAAUCAGAAACAAUGCUUCACCUAGAUCAUCCUAAUGUACUCAAACUAUUGGGUGUGUGUUUUGAUACUGAGGAUCAACUACCUGCCAUUGUGUUACCUUUCAUGGCUAAUGGGGACCUUAAAUCAUUCCUAGUUGAGAAAAGAGGACACAAUGAGCCGAACAUACUACCUGAAGGUUUAUCCAUGGAGGAUUUGUUGUCAGUGUGUUUGGAUAUAGCUAGAGGUAUGAAUUACUUAUCAGAGCAGAAGUUUAUCCACAGAGACCUGUGGUCUUAUGGUGUGGUACUGUGGGAGAUAUUCAGUUUGGGUAGAGGUCCUUAUCCUGGUUUGGAUAAUGCUGAUAUUCCGGAUUAUGUCUCAGCUGGAAACAGACUGAAGCAACCUUCACUAUGUCCACCAGUAAUUUACACACUGAUGACUCAAUGCUGGUCUCAUGUUCCAGCUGAAAGACCAAAGUUCUCUGAGAUUGUUAAUACCUUUACAAAAAUGGAUCAAGAGGUUUUGACAGCUGUAUCCACCAGUAACAAUAAUGAUAGGCCUUACUUUGUUUUAGAAUCUGUAUAA